AUGGAAAUGGAGUCCAUCUCUGAGGAGGAGUUUCACGCCCGCCUCGCCUAUCUGCACGGCCAGAAGAGCCUUGAAGAAGCGGCUGCAGAAUCCGCAAGGCGGACUUUGAAGCUGAAUGACGAGAUCGAGCAAUUGAGGCGCCAGCAGAAGCCCGAGGACAUCCAAUACAACGAAACUCCAGCCAACGCACCAGCACGCAAUGGUUUUGCUCCCGCGCACACCGCUGUCGCUACAGGUAGCAUGAGGCUCCAGCAACUCAGGCUCCUCGACUCCGACGUCCCUGAUCAGCAAGCCAUACAGCAAAUUGACGAACACCAAGAGUGUGCGCGCAGCACUAAAACGAAAAUCCCCUCCAGCGUGUGCUCCUCGUAUGUCGUCGAUGACCAGGAGUUCCACACGAUUACUCGAGCACCGAACGGCAAUGACUUCGUGGAGCUGCGCUGUAGCGUCUGCGGCGCCAACUCGAGGAAGGCCGCCAAUGUUCUUCGUUUUUUCAGAGGUGUGCCUGCUUUCCGCCAACACGUGAGGGCGUCACAUCAAGACUUGGUAGCCAAGGAAGACACGCGCACCGAUCGCCAGAUCGUGGAGAGGGACACGUAUCGCACACUGUCCGCUGCAGAGAAGCAUUCGGUCCUAAACGGUGACCAUGCUGCUUUCAAGAUUGAGAAGAUUCUCGCAGGCGACGCUGACGCAGAAGCUCGUAUGCGCAGUGCUCGUGCACCCCACGAGAGGCGCUCUUACGCGGACAAUGCAGCACAUAAUGGCAAGAACAUGCAGGCUUCGCACGUGGCCGUGCCCGAUGGCUCUGACAUGUAUAGUGUAGCGUCAUCGGGACUUCAGACAUCUGAGAUGACCUCCUAUGAUGCGGCAAAGCGCCGCAAGCGGACAGACUACGACGAAGACGAUGACGAGCCAAAUCCUCGCAAGACUCUGAAAAAGCAAGAGUGA